UCUGAAAGAUGUAGACCGGAAGUAUUGCUGUUGUUGAAACUGGAGAAAACGAGGGAAGCUGCGAGAACUCUCCCGCAGAUAAUUUCAUUGAAAAUAACAUAACAUUUAAGCUUUGGUGACGGUGUCCGACAAUGAUCAUCCCUGUCCGGUGCUUCACUUGUGGGAAGAUCGUGGGUAACAAGUGGGAGGCAUACCUCGGUCUACUCCAGGCAGAGUAUACUGAGGGAGAUGCCCUUGAUGCCCUUGGCCUGAAGAGAUACUGUUGUCGGAGGAUGCUCCUAUCUCACGUGGAUCUUAUUGAGAAAUUGUUGAAUUAUGCUCCACUGGAAAAAUGAUUCUGACUAGCCACCUUCAACUAUUGCAAGGACUUUGUGGGGCUGUGGCAUGGACAGAUUAAUGUUAUAUUAUUGAUGUGCGACAACAAACACCGACUACAGUGAAGACGUUUUGAACAAUUAUGUGUGCACAAAUGUCAUGUUUUGUUUUUUUUUCUAAAUAAAGCUAUUAAAUGAAAUGUGUAACUUGU